AUGAUCGAUACGCCAGUGGUGUGGAACGUGCGAGGUAUGGGUACGUCCAAAUGUAGGUUGAGAAAACUGGUUAGGAAACAUAACAUUGCUAUACUUGCUGUGGCAGAACCUUUUCACAGUGAGAGACAUGUACAGUCCUUUGCAAAGAAAAUAAAGCUGGCAGGAUGUAUCACCAACGAGAAGGAAGGGGGCAAAAUAUGGGUUUUUUGGAGGGAGGAUUUGCAAAUGGAGUGGAUUGGGGCAUCUUCUCAAACUAUACAUGGUAUAGUAACAAAAGGGGUACAUAGUGUGGUUCUUACUUUUGUGUAUGCUAAGUGUAGUGCUUUAAAAAAGAGGAGUCUCUGGACGGAACUGGAAGGUUUAUGUGUUGUUGGUUUGCCAUGGUUAGUGUCGGGGGAUUUUAACACUAUUUGGAAUGACGCAGAACGAAUGAGAGGUAGGCCAAGACCCUUGGGGGCGAUGGAAGAUUUUAAUAAUUACAUUGAUAAAUGUGGGUUGGUGGAGGUGCCUUGUAAGGGUCGAAAGUUAUCUUGGCGCAAUGGACAGGAAGGUUUGGCGCGGAGCGGGCACGUUUAG